UGUAAUUGGACAAAAGUUUAGCUUUUCUCCUUGAACACGCCUGUCGGGUCUGUUCUUCUGGCGCAGCAUCCAUCCGCUGCUCUUCUUCUCCAGCGCGCACAGAGCGUUAUUCAGAGGUCCAUCCACAACGCCAUGGUGUUUACCUGAAAGAAGCGAACGACUCAGUGGAACAGCAAUUCAGGACGACAUUCUGAGGAAAGAUGGCCUCGGCGGGUCUGGAGCUGCUCGGCUUGACGCUCGCUGUGCUCGGCUCGCUGUUAGAAAUGAUCGCGUGCGGUUUGCCGACGUGGAAGGUGGCGGCGCAUAUCGAAGCCAACAUCGUGGUGUCGCAGACGAUCUGGGACGGCUUGUGGAUGUCCUGUGCGGUCCAGAGCACGGGUCAGAUGCAGUGCAAGGUGCACGACUCGAUGCUGGCGCUCACUAGUGACCUGCAGGUGGCGCGCGCGCUCACCGUGGUCGCGUCGGUGCUGUGUGUGCUGGCGCUGCUGGCUGUGAUCGCCGGGGCUCAGUGCACCAACUGCAUCCGCGCCGAGCUCGUCAAGGUGAGGUUGGUGAACUUCGGAGGGGCGCUGUACAUCAUCAGCGCCGUGCUUCUGCUCAUUCCGCUCUGCUGGAUGGCCAACCAGAUCAUCGCUGAUUUUUACAACCCGCAUGUGGCCACGCCCCGGAAGCGGGAGAUGGGCGCUGCGCUCUAUAUCGGCUGGGCGGCUGCGGCGCUGCUGCUGCUGGGCGGCUCUGUGCUCUGCUGCUCGUGUCCGCCGUCAUCCGGGGCCAGCGCCGGUUACUCAGUCAACUACGCGCCCACAAAAAGAGCCACGACCAACGGAGACUACGACAAGCGGAACUACGUGUGAACCCAAGCUGACAGCACACUGCAUAACUCACGAGCCGUGCCACACCUGGUUUGUGCAGAACACUGUUUACUGAGAGAUGGGAAACCAAACCCAAACAAAACCAGCACUCCUUACAACAAAGGGUUCCAUUUCCAAAGUUCCACUUAGAAUCUGUUUCGAAAACUCAAACCUGCAACCAUCCAAAGAAUCCAUGGAACAACAUAGCAGCCUCUUCACAUUGAUUACACCACGGCAGACGAAGAGUCCCAGCAUUGGCCCUCAAUCUGUAAAAUGAACUCCGGCCUGCCUCAAUGUCAUUAUUUUUGAGUUAAUUUAAAGAGCAAAGGGUAGCUUGUCGAACGAAGCGUCAGUGUUUUUCUUCUGGCCUUGUUAGAUUUUCUAUCUAAACCUCAAUGUAAAGGACCUGCUUUUCCCUUAGUCAUGGACUCUUACUGUCUUAUACAGACUUUUCUGGACUCUCGAGACCCGAUUUUAAACAUACAGGCAUUUUGAAGGGCUAAAAAGUUAAAAAACAUUUUUUAAAUGCCUCAAUUUCAGUCUAAAAUCAGAUUAUUAAAUAGUAGUUUCACUGUUUUAUCUACAAUUGUUUGCCAGAACCUUAGCAAAACAACAUUAUUAUUAUUAUUAUUAUUAUUAUUAUUAUUAUUUCCAUGGGUUGGUUGAAAGUCCCCCCCAAACAAAACAGAUCCACCCAGCACUCCUUACAACAAAGGAUUACAUUUCCAAAGUUCCACUUAGAAUCUGUUUUGAAAACUCAAACCUGCAACCAUCCAAAGAAUCCAUGGAACAACAUAGCAGCCUCUUCACAUUGAUUACAUCACGGCAGACGAAGAGUCCCAGCAUUGGCCCUCAAUCUGUAAAAUGAACUCCGGCCUGCCUCAAUGUCAUUAUUUUUGAGUUAAUUUAAAGAGCAAAGGGUAGCUUGUCGAACGAAGCGUCAGUGUUUUUCUUCUGGCCUUGUUAGAUUUUCUAUCUAAACCUCAAUGUAAAGGACCUGCUUUUCCCUUAGUCAUGGACUCUUACUGUCUUAUACAGACUUUUCUGGACUCUCGAGACCCGAUUUUAAACAUACAGGCAUUUUGAAGAGCUAAAAAGUUAAAAAACAUUUUUUAACCCUUUGGUGACUGACCCCUUGAAAAUGGUUCCUCCAGGAACCAUGACAUUUCAGUUGUCAAGACAACGGAAAAACUAAAAUACAAAUACAAGAGCAUUUUGUUUUGUGCACAAGAGCAUUGUGACGUAUCUUUCUGUUUUUGUAUUUUAGUUUUUCCGUUGUCUUGACAACUGAAACGUCAUCGUUCCUGGAGGAACCAUUUUCAAGGGGUCAGUCACCAAAGGGUUAAAUGCCUCAAUUUCAGUCUAAAAUCAGAUUAUUAAAUAGUAGUUUCACUGUUUUAUCUACAGUUGUUUGCCAGAACCUUAGCAAAACAUUAUUAUUAUUAUUAUUAUUAUUAUUAUUAUUAUUUCCAUGGGUUGGUUGAAAGUCCCCCCCAAACAAAACAGAUCCACCCAGCACUCCUUACAACAAAGGAUUACAUUUCCAAAGUUCCACUUAGAAUCUGUUUUGAAAACUCAAACCUGCAACCAUCCAAAGAAUCCAUGGAACAACAUAGCAGCCUCUUCACAUUGAUUACACCACGGCAGACGAAGAGUCCCAGCAUUGGCCCUCAAUCUGUAAAAUGAACUCCGGCCUGCCUCAAUGUCAUUAUUUUUGAGUUAAUUUAAAGAGCAAAUGGUAGCAUGUCGAACGAAGCGUCAGUGUUUUUCUUCUGGCCUUGUUAGAUUUUCUAUCUAAACCUCAAUGUACAGGACCUGCUUUUUCCUUAGUCAUGGACUCUUACUGUCUUAUACAGACUUUUCUGGACUCUCGAGACCUGAUUUUAAACAUACAGGCAUUUUGAAGAGCUAAUAAAUAAAUAAAAUAAAAAAUGCCUCGAUUUCAGCCUAAAAUCGGAUUAUUAAAUAGUAGUUUCACUGUUUUAUCCACAAUUGCUUGCCAGAACCUUAACAAAAUAAUAAUAAUGUUGUUAUUUCCAUGGGUUGGUCGAAAGUCUCCCCUAUGGACUGUCACACAGCUGCCUAAUUGAGAAACCGAUGUGCAUUUUUACAAUAGCUGUCUCGUAAAAGGAGCGGGUGAUCUAAAGGACAGGCCAGACCAAUGUCCCCUGCCCUAUGUGCAUAUUUCAUUUGUAUAAUCUACUGAUCAUGGAGCGCCUUAUUUUAUUCGUAUCUUUAAAUAAUAAGCUCAACGAUACCAAAAUUUGUCCUCGGUAGUCUAUUUCUGGUUUAUUUUUUAACUUUAUGGUUUUGUUUUUAAAUGUUUUGAUCUGUAAUGUUUUAAUAAACAGCUAUUAUUAUCA